AUGCAGCUCUGUACGGCCCUGCUGUUAUGGCAGGUUCAGCAGGUAGCUCCUGCCCCGACGGUGCUCAGCUGCUGCUACGGUUUUUCGGAGUGCUUGGGGCUUCAGGCGGGUGACGAUUUGCAGAAGGCGACGGAGCUCGGUUGCCCAACCAGCGCAGAUGGACAACACGCAGCUCAGAUGCAAAGCACAUUGCAGGGAUUUUUCGCCUUAUUCCGCUUGAACGAUGGUCAGUCCAUCGCUGGUAGUUCUGCGACGCCGUAUGGCGAUGGCAUGCCUUGCACCUUUGCCCCCACGGACGACGUGCUUUCUCACAAGAAGCAGAUUGCUUCCCUGAACGACAUUCAAGUGAACUUCUCAAAUGGAAGCACGGCAGUGGUCACUGGUGCAACCUGGUUGCCAGCAGUCGAAUCAAACGAAUACAUGAGCAUUCUCUUGCUUGGUUACUUUGGCUUUCGUGAGGGCACUCACCCAGCUUCAGUGGUCAUUGGAGGCUCCAACGCGUACACAGGGCAGGGCCUGCAGUACGCAAAUACUGGGCUGGAGUUGGUCUAUGCCAAGCUCUGGGACGUCCAAAGCCACGUAGUUCUGGAGGGCCAGCCGCCGCUGCCUGCGCUGCUGAACGCCAACCCCACGGUGCAGCAAGCAAUGGCGGUGCUGGCCAAUGACACCUGCGGCAACCACUUUCCAGAAACCACCCAUGUGGUGCAGGUAGUAAUGAAUGGUGGCGUCCUGGUGACCUAUGAGGGGGACACCCAUCUUCCCGAGCAUCCUCACCACAAACCAGGCCACAAAGGCAUGUGGCAGCUGCGGGUGGGCGAGCGCGUGCUGUCUGAGACCGAGUACAUUGGGAUGGGCGACAUUUGGGACCCAGACAACAUCGUGGACCUGUGCCUGAAGCUUGACUCCACGGUUCUGUCCAAGAUUGAAGAGCAGGGGCUCCAUGUACGGCUUUUCUCCACAAGGAGGCUGUUGAUUCUAGACAUCUUGAACAUGUUUCUCCAGCUGACCUGA